GAUGAAGAUAUCGACUAUGCUCAACGUAUCAGUCAAGCUGGUGGUACUGUCGAACUACAUGUAUGGUCUGGUGGUUUUCACGGCUUCAUUGGUGUAGCACCACAUGCUGUAUUAUCAAAACAAGCUAAUGAAACAAGUAAAAAUUGGUAUCGUCGACUUUUGGCUUCUCAUAAAAAAUAA